AUGAUAACGAUUGCUUUCUGUUCAGUGCCGUUGCUUUCUCAAGACACUUUGGGUCCGUUCGAUAUAAUGGCAACAGUGAUAGCGCGCUCGCAACACGGUCCAGAUAGCUCAUGCCUGUUCGGUGUGGCUCAGUCACCGGUUACCUCAUAUCCGCGUCCCACACGCAACAAUCCCUGUCCAAUUCCAGACUUCGCUUCCAAUGCACCAACAACCGCACAGAUGUUACAGGUGAACUAA